ACGGUGCAGUACGUGCCCUACUGCGGCGCCCUGAGCCCUGGCACUGCCCUGGAGUUGGUGCGGCAGUAUGACAUCGUCGCCGACUGCUCCGACAACGUCCCCACCAGGUACUUGGUGAACGACGCCUGUGUUCUGGCUGGAAAACCCCUGGUAUCCGGUAGUGCCCUCCGGCUGGAGGGGCAGCUGGUCGUGUACAACUACCAGGGAGGGCCCUGCUACAGAUGUCUCUUCCCAAUGCCCCCUCCACCAGAGACGGUGACUAACUGUGCAGAUGGGGGAGUGCUGGGUGUUGUGCCAGGCAUCAUGGGGUCCAUCCAGGCCUUGGAAGUGCUGAAGAUUGCCUCGGGAAUGGGUUCCUCCUUCAGUCAGUUCAUGCUGAUGUUUGAUGCCCGUGAAGGGAGAUUUCGCAACAUCAAGUUAAGACCAAAGAAACCAGACUGUGCUGUUUGUGGUGACAAUCCGUCUGUCACCUGCCUUCAGGAUUAUGAGGCAUUUUGUGGUUCUUCUGCAACAGACAAGUGUAGGACUUUACAUCUGCUGUCCAGUAAAGACAGAAUAUCUGUAGAGCAAUACAAAAAACUGUUGGAUGAGCAAGUUCCUCAUGUAUUGUUAGAUGUUCGUCCGCAGGUAGAAGUGGAUAUUUGUCGCCUGGUACAUGCUGUCCACAUUCCUUUGAGUAAAUUAGAAGAAAAAGAUGAAGAAUGUCUGGAAUAUUUAGAAAAAAGGCUUUGUGAAGAAAAGCAGAGAACUAAUGGCCAGACAUCUUUUCCUGUAUACGUGGUUUGUAAAUUAGGAAAUGAUUCCCAGAAGGCUGUAAGAAUUCUGCAGGAGUUACCUGUCAAAGAAUUUGGUUCUGUGUUAGCUAAGGAUAUUAAAGGGGGGCUCAUGGCUUGGGCCAGUAAAAUUGACCCAACAUUUCCUCAGUAUUAG